AUGAAGAAGUAUGACAUCCAAACUCUACUGGCUUUGAGCCAAAAUGCGCGUAUAGAGCUCAAUAAAUUCAGUGACCAGGCACUUGGCUACAAUCUACUCCGGCAAAACCAAACAAGCACCAACGCCUUAAAUGAACAGUCGGCCAAUCGGUCAAGAACGGUUUCGAAUAUUUCACAUCAAACUGAAACUUCUCUUAACCGCUUGCACUGUCCAAUUCGCGUGCCAAAAGAUCCUCCUCGAUCGAGUCGCGCACAAACUGAUGCUGGCUUUGCGCGUUUCCUCAAGGAUCAUACAUCUCCUAAGCAUCAACGAGUUACUGCUGGCGGCAAUAUUGUUCCUAUGGAGCCAAAAACCCCUGCCCCUAAAUUCAAAUUGCCGGUGCAGAAGAAGCAGGCAAGCGAUCACGAGAUAGAAGCACUCGGGUCUAUCCUAGGGGUCGAGCGCGAAAAUAUAUCCGGAAAUACUCCAAUAGGGCCAUUUGAGACGAACUUUAUUAGAAGUGACAUAUCAAGGAAUUCUGCUGGCCCUAGUGGAAUCCUCCCGGACCUUGCAAAGCUAUCUCUCACCAAUGGCAUAUUUGACGAAACAUCUCAAGGAUCAGGAUGUCCGCCAAUUGUCCCAUGGCCCGCGCUAGGAUAUGCCCUACCGUCCGGAUAUUCUAUCGCGUUCAACAAUCAGCAACUUCCUCGUGUUGAUCAGUACCCCCAAAUGGCAUAUGUACCGGUGUUUCCGGACCAGGUGAUGUAUGGCAUUGAUCCAGAUAUGCACUCGGGAAUCCCAGAUAUGUGCCAAAGCUUGAAGGUGCAGGGCCCUAUGUCUUGUAUGCCAACAUCGGUCCAGCCACACUUAGCUGCGUCAACGGCAUCUUCUGACUUUACAUCACGCAGUAACGCUGCCAGUACGGGCUCUUCCUCGGCUUUCAGCCAGGGCCAACUGAGUUAUGAACCCGGCUAUUCGACUUUUACGCCUCAAGUAUAUCAGUUUGUCAGUGGCCAGUUCCCAGCAUCCAAACAGCCACAGUAUUUCCCGGGAACGUCCCAAGGAAUGCCACACUUGAAAUGCUUGGACGAAGCUAAAAAGCAGUAUGAGUCUCUUUCAUCCCAACUCUCCCGUCUUGACAGGUAUAUGGCUAUACACACCUGGGACAUAGACUCUCGGUCGAAAAAGGUGAUGGUUGAACAGCGGAAGAGUUUGGUGCGAGAGUUAGACGUAGUCCGAAUGUAUAGAGAACAGCUGGAACUGAUCUUUGGAAAGCCAAGCAUGAAUGGUUUAAGCGACCAGCAAAGGGUCAAUGCUGAUUUACUCGCACCACCUAUUACCUAUCUUACAGAAAGCACGGCAGAUUAUCAAGGGUUCUUGGGACCAAUGUGUUCAUCUCCCAGUGGGAGCUGCUCAGGUCAGACAUUGCCUGCAUACUUGACUCCGCCAACGCUCCCCAUGUUUUGCCCAGAAAGUGAAGCUUCCAUCCCAGUGCUUCCGUGGCAAAACUUAGGGUACCCAGGCUCAGCUGUAAGUGUUAAAGAUAUGUCCGCAAACGGAACUCUCGGAAAUCCCAAUUUGUCUCAGCAAAUUGAUGAAACGAGAACGAAACUACAUGUAAACCAACGAGACAAGCAAAUCCUCACAUCAAGUUUUAGCGAUGAAUCUGGCAGCACAUGUGAUGAACAGGCAUCAUCUAAGAUACCAUCACCAUUAGAUCUUCAACAGCUGUAUCACAAAAUCGAAGAGGCCACAGAGCGGGGUGAACCUGUUGGCAGACUACUCAAGGAGUUGUCUGUUGUUACCACGCAGCUCCUAAAGCAGAAAAGGGAAGAAGGCAGAAUAUCUCAUCGGUCAGCACGAAGCAAACAGGGUCUGCCGCCCGUUCCAAUCGGUAAACCAGAUUCGACGAGAGUUACCACACAUGGCAGGCCAAUGAAACAGGCAAGACACCUCUGGGGAUCUGAAGCCCAUCCAGGAGAAGCUGCGAGGAGCUGCGGCGACACUUCAUCUAUGUCAGACAAUGAGGCAAAUGGGAAACUCUCUUCAUCUUAUGUGUCCACGACGGACUCAUGGGCUACUGUGCAUGAAAGAAACAACCGCUUGGUUAGCAUGGGUUCUUUGGAAGACCCCAAAUGUGGGAAGAAUCCGGAACUUAUUUGGGAAAGUCCCCGGUCCAUUCCCAAGUACAAAAUCGUGUCAGCUGAGACGCAUGUUUCAGAUGCUCCACAGAACGUUGGAUGGAUUCAGGAGCGAUUAGAAGACAGGCAAGAGGUAAAGCCGAGCAAGGCCACCACGCUACAUCGUACCCACAGAACUCGCGGAGGCGACCCAGACAUGCACAAUAUGAAGCUGUCAACAUCGUCUUUGAAUACCCAGCUCCUGAGUCGAAACCGGGGUUUAGUGUUUCAAAAAACAGCUGCUUUGGCAGUUCCUCAAAACGUCAACGUACAGGCCUAUGUUCCCACUUUUGACGGCCCUGGAGAUGCGCCUAGAAACGAGACAAACCAGCGACCAAUGGAAGCCAGCGAUAGACAGAUGCAGGAUAGCGUAUGCUAUAGCUCUGUUCAAGAGGCUAGACCAUGGUAUAUGCACAAGCAGCGUCCUAAGCCUAGUCGGGAAACCCUGCGUGACUUCUUUCGCCAAGUUCGAGAUGAAGAGCGACGUGAAAUGCACAACGCUCAGAACGAGAGUCAAUCUAAUGGCCGGUAA